AUGUCCACCUACCCUGAAGAACGUGUGCUCAAGCCUCUUGAUCCUGUUCCCGAUGAUGUGAAUGAAUGGCCCGAUUUUGCACUGCGGGAAGCCAAGAUCUUCCAUCAGGGAAAAGGCAGAUAUGCGGACCUGUUGCAGGCCUCCGAAGAGACACCAUUGUGUGUCCUGGGCGAAUUGAUGCCGUUGGACGAUGAUCAGGAAUACCUUGCAUUAAUUGACGACCCUCUCUAUGUACGAAUAAAGAUUGAAAAUGUUACAAAUUACAGUUUUGGCCAAGAUGAUAAUGGAAAACCGGUGAUAUGGGCUGCAGGAAAGGCCGGAUGGUACGAAAUUUCGCCCUCGGAUCGCUACCUGAGCUAUUACAAUGAUACAGUGGAGGCAAUCGACUUGUUCUAUUUUAUGGUCGACAAGCAGCAGAAGCUGCCACGGAAACGACAGAAGUUUGGGUUCAUGAUAGAUCCCUUCCUGACGGAAUAUCAAAAGCACACAGGUUAUAGAAUUGAUGAUGAUGACGAGGCGAUGGAAACGAUCCACAAGCACCACAGAUUCCUGCUCAGACAGAUGAUUGAGGAACGAGAAGGAAUCGACUGGUCGCAGACAUAUCUCUGGAAGCACUUAGGUGAGACAUACGCCGAUGAGGUGGAACAACUCAGGGCGAGGCUGGCUCGAGCAAAUCAGUCCAAUGGGAUGGAUGAAGCAGAUUCCACGGAAGAAGAGCAGGAAGAGUCAGAAAAGGAAGAGCAGGAAGCCGAGAACGCUUCCAGUGAAUCUGACAAGGAAUCCCAAGCCCCUUCAGAUGCUGCCUCAAGCCUCGAGUCUGAAUCGAAACCGGAGGCUAUUGAUUGGACGAGAACGAUUUGGGACCUGCUGAAUGUCCUGCGUAAAUCAGCAAACUUCAACAUGCGCCAUUGUGGCAUCGAGGAGGCAGCAACUGAACUGCACAAGGUACCCUCUUUCGAGGGAACCCACGAGGAUGCUGUCGCCGCGUUCGAGCGGUCCGCAGAAUCGCUACUCAAACUGAUGAAUGAAGCUAAGCUCCGGAAGAAGUUCAAUUGGUCUACCCGGAGAAUAUACGACGAGUUAGAAGCCACACUCGCAGAGGAAGUGGCUGAAGAAGUUCUGAAAACACCUGGCAAGCCCGGCAAACAGCGACACCGCAUGAAAUCCGUUCUUCGCCCGAGCGGUGCCAGCAAGGCCCACAAACGCGCGAGAGGUGCGGGAGACUCACUCGACGAGGACGAGGAAAUGAGCGAUCUCCCUAUAACAUCUCUAGUGGCCCGACAGCAAGGUCCUCCUCGUCCUGGUCGAUUGAUCGAAGCGGAAGCUGAGUCGGUGGAGAGUCGCGAAGACAGUCCGAGUCGACAGCUCAACGGCCAUCUCGAUCCCGACCCUGACGCAUUGCCCGAACUGCCUCCAGGUCCAGAAGCGCAGGAGAUGCUUGAUCUGGUGGCCCAGGAGGCGAAACGAGUCGGGAGACAACACCAAACAUCACACCUGCAGGCUUUCCUGGGCCAGUGGGUGAUUUGA